CAAAAUAUUAUCAUUCGCAGCGACACACUUUCUCUUGGAUGAGUCGAUGGGUCAAGGGGAAGAGGUGGAAUAUAUAAGAGUCACCCUGGCUAUUUGCUGGUUUCCAGGACAAAUUAUCCCAUCCUUGACAAGGGUAUUCUUUGGUUCGACAUUACACACUUGAUUACUGGAUAUUUAAAUAUUCACCAUGCCGGCCAUUCCACCCACCAAGCUGGUUGCCCUACAAUCCAACCCCGACAAUGUCCGGAACAUUUGUAUUCUUGCCCAUGUCGACCAUGGAAAGACUUCUCUUAGCGACUCACUUAUUGCCACCAAUGGCAUCAUUUCACCCAAGAUGGCAGGCAAAGUCCGAUAUCUUGACUCGAGACCUGACGAGCAGAUACGAGGUAUCACCAUGGAGAGCAGUGCUAUCAGUUUAUACUUCAGCAUGAUGCGCCGACAACAGGAAGGUGCAGAGCCCACCAAGCAGGAAUACUUGAUCAAUCUGAUUGACAGUCCUGGACAUAUUGAUUUCUCAUCUGAGGUCAGCACCGCUUCUAGGCUGUGUGAUGCAGCUGUGGUACUUGUCGACGCCGUCGAGGGCGUUUGUUCCCAGACCGUCACUGUCUUGCGACAGGUAUGGCUGGAGAAACUCAAACCCUUACUCGUCAUCAACAAGAUUGAUCGCCUAAUCACCGAACUCAAAAUGACUCCAGCAGAAGCCUAUUCACAUCUGGAAAGAGUCUUGGAGGGCGUCAAUGCUGUCAUUGGUGGAUUUUUCCAAGGCGAGCGCAUGGAAGAGGAUCUUCAGUGGCGAGAGAGAGUCGACCAGAAACGUGCCGCCAGGGAACAACAGAAGCAGGAUGCUCUCGAUGACAACGCCUCGGACACCGACUUAGAGCAACAGUUUGAAGAGCGUGACGAUGAAGAUCUCUAUUUUGCACCCGAGAAGAACAACGUCAUAUUUGCGAGUGCCAUUGAUGGAUGGGCCUUUACUGUGCGACAAUUUGCCGGCAUCUACGAAAAGAAACUGGGCAUUAAGCGCGCCGUCCUCGAAAAGGUCCUCUGGGGCGACUUUUACCUGGAUCCCAAAUCUAAAAAGGUCCUCGGCCAGAAGCAUCUCAAAGGAAGAAACCUGAAACCUAUAUUUGUGCAACUGGUGCUCGACCCCAUAUGGCAGGCCUACGACGCAACUGUUGGUAUAAACGGAGGCCGAGGUGAUCCUGCCCUAUUGGAGAAAAUCACUAAAUCCCUUUCCAUCACAUUACCACCACAUAUCGCCCGGUCUCGCGACUCCAAGUCGAUUCUUCAAGCCGUCUUUUCUUCGUGGCUGCCACUAUCAACCGCACUAUUGGUUUCUGUCAUUGAAUACCUUCCUAGCCCUCCUGUCGCCCAGGCAACACGCUUGCCCGACAUGAUUGAGAAUCUGGUGGGCUCUAACAGCACCCAUCAAUCCUUGAAAGACUCGAUGAUCAAUUUCAACACAGAACCAUCUGCACCGGUUGUCGCAUACGUCAGCAAAAUGGUGGCAAUCCCAGAAAGCGAACUCCCCUCGAAACGACGAAAACUAGGAGCCACCUUGACGGCAGAUGAAGCUCGCGAACUCGGUCGACAGAAACGUGCAGAGAUUGCAAAAGCCCAAGCAGAAGCAGACGGUGGAGCGACCGUUGAAGGAGUCACGAGUGCCCUAAAUACAACCCGGAUAGGAGAAGAACAAGAAGGCGACGAAACCACAGAGCAACCAGAAGAUCCAGAACAUCUCAUUGGAUUUGCUCGUCUGUACUCUGGAACAUUAUCAGUUGGAGAUGAAGUCUAUGUUUUACCUCCAAAGUUCAAUCCAGCGCAACCCCACGCAUCGCCUGAACCGAAAAAGGUAAAAGUAACUGCACUCUACCUGCUCAUGGGCCGUGGAUUGGAACCUCUAGAAAAGGUCCCAGCCGGCGUGGUGUUCGGUAUCGAAGGUCUCGAGGGACACAUCCUCAAGACUGGCACACUCUGUUCUCAACUCGAGGGCAGCAUCAACUUGGCUGGAAUCUCCACCCUCAGCCAACCGAUCGUCCGUGUUGCCCUGGAACCCACUAACCCCAUGGACCUGAACAAAAUGAUCAAGGGACUGAAACUGCUCGAACAAAGCGACCCUUGCGCCGUUUAUGAACAGAUGCCUAGCGGCGAGCAUGUGAUUCUCACCGCGGGAGAACUCCAUCUCGAACGAUGUCUUAAAGACCUUCGCGAACGAUUCGCCAAAUGUGACGUCCAACCAGGCGAACCGAUCGUGCCAUAUCGCGAAACCAUCGUAAAAGCAGAAGAAAUGGAACCACCCAAGAACAAAGACCUGCCGCGCGGAACCGGCAUUGCCGUCACAGCCUCCAAGACUCUAUCAGUCAGACUACACGUCCAGCCUCUACCAGCCAAUGUCACCGAAUUCCUCAUUAAGAACGGAGCAUCGAUCCGUCGACUAUAUGCCGAGAAACAAGCUCAGGAAGACGGCACCAAACUCUCAGACGAGAGCGAAAAGAACGAUUCCGUAGACCUAGGUAACGAUCUAGGCACCGAACGAAACAACCUCACGCUCGCGCAAUUCAAGACCCAACUCCAAGAAGCAUUCGACGAAAGCAAAGAAGACAAAGAUGUCUGGAAUAAAGUCAUCAGCCGGAUAUGCGCAUUCGGACCUCGAAGAGUAGGGCCUAAUCUAUUCAUCGACGCCACCGGCAAAGACACAUGCAAACGGUUCCUGCUCGACCAGCACGAGAACCACAACCAGACGACAGGAUCGAACGGCACCGCUGCAAACACCGAAACCGAAACUGAGACCGAGACCGAAGGCGGUUUCUCAACGAUCGACUUCUCCGACACCAUCGCAUAUGCAUUCCAACUCGCAACGGCUCAGGGCCCACUCUGUCGCGAACCAACACAAGGAGUAGCGGUAUUCCUCGAGGAAAUCCGACACGAACAACAACAGCAACAACAACCUGGCUCUGGAGGAGACACACCCGCAGCAUCAGAAACAACGAUUGAAUCCGGCCGUCUAACCGGCGAAUUAAUCACAUCGGUACGCGAAGCCAUCCGGUCCGCAUUCCUCGACUGGUCACCCCGUAUUUUGCUCGCCAUGUACAGCUGCACCAUCCAAGCAACACCGGAAGUUUUGGGACGUGUAUAUUCCGUCCUCACGAGACGGCGGGGCUCUAUCCUAUCGGAAUCACUCCUUGAAGGAACACCUUAUUUCACGAUUGAAGCUACCUUACCGGUCGCAGAGUCGUUUGGGUUUAGUGAGGAGAUUCGCAAGAGGACUUCGGGUCUGGCUCAGCCGAUGUUGAAGUUUGUGGGGUUUCAGGUCUUGGAUGAUGUGGAUCCGUUCUGGGUUCCCAGGAGUGAAGAGGAACUCGAGGAUUUGGGCGUUCAUGGUGAACGGGAGAAUGUGGCCAAGAAGUAUGUGGAUCUGGUGAGGAGGAGGAAGGGGUUGCUGAUCAGAGGGGCGAGGGGUGGGAGGGAUGCAGAGAAGCAGAAGACUUUGAAGACGAAUUAGAUGAGAUGCAGGGUUUCAAUGAAUGAAUGAAUGUGUUGUGUUUGGCUACAAUGACGCUGAGUAGGUAGUCUCACUAUGUCAACAUCAUGUUGUUCGAUGUCAUGUCUGAAGAUGUGGAUGGACUACAACAAACAUGCAAUCUCACCCUCAUCGACAGACCUCGUGAGCUGUGGACUUCCACCAAGCGAUUCAGCUGG